AUGAUAAACAUUACAAAGCCACAAAACUGGACCCGCGGUGAUUACCUGGUCUCAACAGACCCUGCUCUUCUCCAGGUUGAUGCCAUCAAUGCUGCGCUGAGCUCGGACAUGGUCUGGUGGGCCGGAGACCUUCCGGCCGAUGCACUCUGGGAUGCCCUUCGGAGUUCGAUAUGUUUUGGUCUUUAUCGUAAAAGAUCUUCAGACAUGAACAGCACCGGGCCGACAGUUGAAUACAAGAUUGAGGAGUGGGAACAGGUUGGAUUGGUCAGAAUGAUCACAGACGGGGUCACGUUUGGAUAUCUAACCGAUGUGUACAUUCUGCCAGAGCAUCAAGGUGGUGGACGUGGUCGCUGGAUGCUUCAGAUUCUAAACGAGGCUUUGCAGGGUUGGCCUCAUCUUAGACGAGUGAUGCUCUUGACCACCGAUAAGAUGCAUCUUUUUGGAAAGAACUUGGGGAUGAAGGAUUACAGGGAAUUUGACGGCAUGAAGGGUGUUUCUAUCGCUAUGGUUGAGGGCCCUGGGGCGCAGCAUUGA